AUGACCUCAUUGUCCGAUCUCAAGCACCUCAAACGGCUAUACUAUCUGGCUACCAACAAGUUCCUGCUCAUGGCCACCACCAUAACACUAGCAGCCGCCGUCCUCCUACAAGCCGCACAACGGAUUGCCCCUAUAGACGAGCUUCUUUCCCAACUGCGUGAUCUCCAACCCAUCAACCUACUCUUGGCUGCCAUUCUUCCGACCGCCAUGCUUAGAAUCUACUCCUACCUCAUACGUCAUCCUAGAAAUGUGUACCUUGUCGAUUACGCUUGCUUCAGAACAAGCUACAAGUAUCGAGCCCCAAAGGCCACCUUCCUCGAGCAUGCACACAUCUCACCAUUCUUUGGCGAAUCUACCACUAAAUUCAUAGAACGUGUGAUUGAGCGCUCUGGCAUGGGUGAAGACACAUUGGUGCCACCUGCACUUUACUAUGUCGAGCCAGACUGUUCUCUAGAUGAAGGUCGCAGUGAGGCGGAGAUGGUCAUCUUCUCGACGAUCGAUGACCUAUUGGCCAAGACGUGCAUCGCCCUUGAUGUGAUCCACGUCCUAAUCACCAACUGCAGCCUGUUUUGCCCAGUGCCAUCCAUCGCCGACCGGAUCGUCAACGGGUAUGCGCUGCGAGACGACAUCCGCGUGAUCAACCUCUCCGGAAUGGGGUGCAGUGCAGGGGUGACCGCGGUGGGGCUCGCAAAGAACAUGCUGCAGAUCAUUCCUUCGGGAUCACAUGUGUUGGUGGUGUCCACGGAGACCCUUGGUCCGCAAUACUACAAGGGGAAUGUGCGUUCCAUGCACUUGGGAAACAUUUUGUUCCGUGUGGGUGGCAGCGCCAUGCUGUUAUCGACUUGUAAGCACAAGGCCCGGUUCAAGCUUGCACACGUCGAGCGGACGCUCGUCGGUGCAGAUGACGCUGCUUACCGGUGCGUUUACCAAGAGGAUGAUCCUGAGGGAAACAUAGGGCUCACUCUAUCAAAAGACCUCAUGGCCAUCGCCGGAGAAACGCUCAAGGCCAACAUGACCGCAAUCGGACCGCUCGUCCUACCAACCUCAGAGUUGAUCAAAUAUCUAUUUUCCAUGGCAAGAAAGGUGCUCCACCGGAGGAAGAUCAGGCCAUACAUCCCUGACUUCCGAAUGGCGUUUGAGCACUUCUGCAUCCAUGUUGGUGGACCAGCGGUGAUCGACUCCGUACAGCUUGGCCUCAGUCUAUCAGACGAGCAUGUUGAACCAUCGCGUAUGACGCUGCAUCGGUUUGGGAACCAAUCAAGUGCAUCCGUGUGGUACCAGUUGGCCUACAUCGAAGAUAAGGGCCGAAUGCGGAAGGGUGAUAGGGUGUGGAUGAUCGGGUUCGGAGCCGGGUACAAGUGCAACACCGCCGUGUGGGUGUGCAUCCAACCAUCCCCCAAUGCCAAUGGAUCAUGGGCUAGCUGCAUCCAUCGUUACCCAGUGGAUGUCUCCAAAGAAGGUGGUUCAGCUUAG